UAAUUUGGCAAAUUUGGCAUAAACAUUCGUGAUGAGUUCAUAAUUCGUUGAAGUGAAUUGACAAAAGGCAGGUGGAAUUGAUAUCUAACCACUGGAACCGAAAUUUGCCUAUUUCCAAUUCUUAUCGAAUACGAUGUAAAAUGUCUUCGGCAAUGUAAUUUUGUUCGUAUUCCAAAAUUGACGCGGAUUUGAAGGCUGAUAUGUCGAAAUGACCAUCGCGAAAAGUAUGCGAACUUCAGUGGCAUGCGAAGUAGCUAUCGAAUCGUCCAUCGUUUGAUUACAUUUAUUAUCAUGUUCCAGCAAUUGUAAUUGCUUGCAUGCUUCUCAAAAAGUUACACACACUCUACCACUUACAGUGCGCAAUGACUCAAAUGAAAUUGAACCACGUCCAUUUAUCAAUAGCAACCAUAGGUAUUAGCAAUCGUCGUUUAUCGGGUGGAUUAUGUAAAUUCGUCCUAAGGAAUUAGUUGCUAUCACCGGGUGGGUGUCUGGUUAUGAGGAAUUUCACUGUAUACUUCAUGCUACAAUACAAUUUUUUUGGACUAAUAUAUAAUAAUUGUGGCAUAAAUUUUAUAUACCAAUUAAAAUAAUAAAUUUAAUAUGAGCAAUGAUAUUUUGAUGUAUGUAUGCUUGUAUAAGUUUAUUAAAUUUAAGACUUCGCUCAUUCCCAACCCAUUUUGCAUAAUUUUUCUGUAAAUUAACAAUAUUAAAUUAAAUAUUAAUUUUUUGGAAAAAUGUUAUUUCAAAAUGUACUUUAUUUUUGUAACAUAACAUAACCGUCUUAUUCGCGCUACUAAAUUUAAAAUAACCGAAAUGAAAUAUCCGUUGUUAUAUACAUUCAUGCAUAUGUAUGUCUGUAAAUGGGUUGAAUCUUCAAAAUUUUCAUAGAAAUGAAAGCUACGCUGUCAAACUGCUGAAGUGGCAGCUUAUUGCUUUCAAUACAUCGCAUACUAAUUAGUAUUCCAUAUAUUGCUUUCCAUAAGCAAUAUGGAGUCUCCGCAGCCAAUAGACACAGCUAUACAAUUAGUAUGACAUAAAUUUUAUCCUGUCGAGAUGCCUCAUUAAGAACGUGUGUAUUUUUAUAAGUGAGAAAUAUCACUUAAAGUCUUCCACUCUCUCUGUGUUCAUCACAUAAAAGAGCAAAAUCGUUAAGAGAACAAAACUUGUAAAAAAAUUAACAUUUUCGUGUUUUUGUGUCAAAAACCUCCCGUUGGAAAAUUUUUAUUAUCAUUUUCUGUAUGAGAAUCAUCGCAGUGCCGAAAUGGCUGCAACUUAGUUAUUACGAUAUGCACGUAUAUUGUUUACAGUCAGACACAAUAAAAAAUCACUUUAAUAUAAGUACACAAAAAUGCAACCCAACAUAUAUUCUAAAAAUUGGAAAACGAAAUAAGAACAAAACAAAAAAGAUUGAGUUGACACAUCACAGGAAAGCAAAUUUACAUAUACAAAGAAAGCAAUAACUAAAAUAAAAUUUGCAAAAACGAAUUUUUUAACUUCUUAAAAUAUAUUCUGUGUUGUUUUUCAUAAGUUUUUCACGAUUUUUCAUCAAAUGGACGAGUCUGAACUGCUCUUCAAUUUGUUCUACCUUUUAUUAUGUAUGUGUAUUAUAUAUCCACCAGAGGAGUUUCAGCGACUGGGUCUAACCAUCGAACAAAUUUUCAUUAAACUAUUGGGUGAUGAAAGCAUCAAUUUCGUACACUACCAUCAACGUCGUACAUCACUGAAUUUAUUUGUACACAGCUGCUUGCCUGCACUAUAUUUUCUGAUACACAAAUUAAAGUUCUCUGUAUUUGCGGAACGCGAAUUGCCUGAAAAUGUUGAUUUGGAUCCGGAUUUUCCAAUGCCACAAGAAGCUGUUGCAUUUAAGACGCUUACAUGGAAAAUCGCUCAACGUUUUAGUUUAAUGGCAGUCUUGGCAGUGCCGGCUUUAAUAUUCAAUUGGCAGCAACAAAACUGGCGCCGCCAUCCAAUCAGCCAGACAUUAUUGAAAUUCUCCAAUGUGCCGGAUAGUUAUCACGCUGUUGCGAGCGACAUAAGCACUGAAUUUCGAAGACUCGACAUAUAUAAAAAGAAGCUGAAUUCUAUAUCGACAGUUAUAGCAACAGAAAACUGGAUAAUUAAAACUUCGCUUUAUAAUGUGCAUUUUGCCCACCAAAGCGAUACUUCGCUCAGUGUAGCCAAAACAGAGACUUACAACGUUUCACAAGAUACUAACGAUACCUUACAAAUGGUGAGCAUAGUAGUGAAACCAAAUCGACAAAAGGUGGCUGACUUUCACAUACGCAUCAAUGCUUUAGAAUUUCGCAAUCUGGAGGAGCGAAUUAGUCGACCUAUUGCCAUACCAUCAAACAUUCAAUUCCAUCGCAACGUAAUAGAUCGUUUUAUAGAUGUUUUUAAAGAACAAGUGGCUAAAAAUCCUAUUUACAAAGCGGAUAGGAUAGCAGAAAAGUGCUUUGCUUGUAUGAUUGCUGAGCCAAAUAUAAAAAUUCAUAAACAAUGUGAAGAUGUUGACCGUGAUGGACGUCCACUGUCAGCGGAGAAUACUUGUACAAAUUGCUAUUGCCGACCAAUGUGGUGUGUUGAUUGUCUUGCGCGUUGGUUUGCUGCACGUCAGAGUGAACACGACCGGGAAGUAUGGCUUGAACAGAAAUGUACCUGCCCCAUGUGUCGUGCCAAAUUCUGUCUUCUCGAUGUCAGCUACAUUGAGAAGCGUGAUAUAGUGGAAACCGGCGAUGUCCCGCUUAACAAUGACAACGCGUGAUAUUUUUAUAUAUAACAAAAAGCUACUAUAUGAAGUGCAUUGAAUUUCAAUUAAAGUUGAUAAAUCUACUCUGUCAAUUCUUCCAAUGUAUAGUUAAACUGCGAAUAAGAUACGAAUCUUCUGCUAAUUUUUUGCAAGCUUUUUUUAUCUUUAUUUGGUCCAUAAUAGUUUACAGUUAAAUUUUAUAUUUUUUUAUAAUAAAUUUUGUUUACAUUGCUAUGUUUACAUCAAUUUAAUAUUUUUCUAAACACAAAUUACUUACUAUCUAAAAAGUUUGUAACUAUCACGUUUUAAUACUUUACGAUACAUAAUUUAUAUGCAUACACUUUUGUAUGUGUAUAUAUUCAAAAAAUAAAAAUAUAUGGAUUAAUUUUUAUUGGUAAAUACGUAUUUAUUUCUAAGUAAAUUUAAAUCUGCAUUCAAUAUAAUUCUAUUCCAAAAAUUCUAUGAUUGGGCAAGCAUUAAGCUCUAUCUUUAAAUGAAUUAGCUCUUGAAUUGAAUAACAAAAUUGAAUUUCAACUUUUGCGUAUACUUAGUUGUCGAUUGAGCUGUUAAAACUAUAUAUUAACUCUUACAACGACAGCUUUCUAUUAGAAACGUUGGCACAUAGUUAAAACUAGUAGAAAAAGGAAUCAUUUGCAAAAUGAAAACAACCGAAUGCUUCAAGAAAGCGUUAGUUCAUUUUUAUAUUAUGUUAUUUUUAUAUUGUAUUGAAAUAUAUAGCAUUACUUAAGCACUAACUAAGCGCUUUACCUAAACAAAAGUUAAUUUUGUGAAUUUAAAUUUUCCACAUAAAAAUAAAAUAAAAUGUUAAAAGCUAAA